AUGACUCACUUCCUACCUUCCCUGCCGUCGAUCCUUUUCCUUCUCACCGUCUUCUCAACAACAACGGUGAAUCUGUGUUUUGCGGAUGGAGGAUUCUGCUCCGUGCCUUCAGUGACGGAGACUGAAGAGGAGCAGAAACAUCUCUAUUGGAAAGUGACGAACCCAACACUAUCUCCUGAUCAUCUGCGGGAUUUGCCAGGUUUCACGCGCAGUGUCUACAAAACUGACCAUGCGCUGAUCACGCCUGAAAGUCACGUCUUCAGCCCUAUACCAGAGUGGACAAAUGCGUUGGGAGCUUAUUUGAUCACCCCAGCUAUGGGCUCACACUUUGUGAUGUACCUUGCAAAAAUGAAAGAAAAUUCAAGGGCAGGCCGACCUCCUAGUGGGGUAGAGAGGUUCCUAUUUGCGGUUCAGGGUUCUGCCUCCCUGACUAAUGCAUCAGGUGCUAUUCAGAAUCUUAUGGUGGACUCUUAUGCCUACUUGCCUCCAAAUUACGACCAUGAACUGGAGUGUGUAGAAUCUGCUACUCUCAUUGUCUUUGAGAGAAGGUAUGCUUCUACAAUGGACCGCCUGCCUGAGCAAAUUGUUGGUUCUACAGACGAACAAGCACUUCUUGAAACUCCAGGCGAGGUUUUUGAACUUAGGAAGCUUCUUCCACAGACAUUGCAAUAUGACUUCAAUAUCCAUAUCAUGGAUUUUCAACCAGGAGAAUUCCUUAAUGUGAAGGAAGUCCAUUACAACCAGCAUGGUCUACUGCUAUUGGAGGGACAGGGGAUAUAUCGUCUGGCUGACAGCUGGUAUCCUGUCCAAGCUGGUGAUGCGAUUUGGAUGGCCCCAUUUGUGCCUCAGUGGUAUGCUGCACUUGGUAAAACUCGUUCAAGAUAUUUACUGUACAAAGAUGUAAAUAGAAAUCCAUUAUAG